ACAGUCUCCCCAGGGUUUUUGCGCUUGGGUACCCUAUAGUUUGGGAAGCUGCUGCGUGGGAUGGGGGAGUGGCUGCUGGAGGAGGCGGCUGCAGGCGCUGGGGCAAAGGCAGACCCGGGGCUCCAAGCAUUUGACCUAUGUGCUUCCCUCCCCAGCAAGAACCUGGUCACCUCUGCACCAAUGGGCUACCAGGGACAGCGGCCUUACAGCAAUCUGAAGAGAGAUCUAGAUGACAAAGAAUCUCUGGUUUCUGAACAUAAACAAAAAGAAAAGGGAAAUUGUCGUCAGUCCUCUGCUAUUUUUAAUGUUGUCAACUCAAUCACAGGAUCAGGAAUAAUAGGGUUACCUUACUCAAUGCAGCAAGCUGGUCUUCCUUUAGGGAUACUGCUUUUAUUGUGGGUCUCUUAUGUGACAGACAUUUCCCUUGUUUUAUUGAUAAAAGGAGGAUCCCUUUCUGGAACAGAUAGCUAUCAGUCUUUGGUCCAUAAGACAUUUGGCUUUUCAGGGUAUCUACUCCUCUCAUCUCUACAAUUUUCAUAUCCUUUCAUUGCUAUGAUUAGCUAUAACAUAAUAACAGGAGACACUCUAAGCAAAGUUUUUCAAAGAAUUCCUGGAGUUGAUCCUGGUAACUUUUUCAUUGGCCGCCACUUCAUUAUUGGGCUCUCCACAGUUGCCUUUUCCCUUCCUUUAUCCCUGUACCGUGACAUAGCAAAGCUGGGAAAGGCAUCCCUUAUUUCUGCAGUUUUAACUGCAGUGAUCCUGAUAUUUGUAAUUGUUAGAGUAUUCACCCUAGGUCCAUACAUAUCAAGAACAGAAGAUGCUUGGGUUUUUGCAAAGCCCAAUGCAAUUCAAGCAGUUGGCAUUAUGUCAUUCGCAUUCAUCUGCCACCAUAACAGCUUCUUAGUUUAUGGUUCUCUGGAGGAACCCACAGUGGCUAAGUGGUCUCAGGUCAUUCAUGUAUCAGUCAUGAUUUCUGCAUUUAUCAGUGUGCUGUUUGCUACCACUGGUUAUCUGACAUUUACUGGCCACACACAAGGAGAUUUGUUUGAAAAUUAUUGCAGAAAUGAUGACCUAGUUAACUUUGGAAGAUUUUGUUACGGAAUCACUGUCAUUUUGACUUAUCCAAUUGAAUGUUUCGUGACCAGAGAGGUAAUUGCCAAUGUUUUCUUUGGUGGGAACCUUUCACAAAUUUCCCAUGUUUUGGUGACAACAGUCAUCAUUACUAUGGCCACACUAGUGUCAUUGACGGUUGAUUGCCUCGGGAUCGUGCUGGAGUUCAAUGGUGUCCUCUGUGCAGCUCCACUUAUUUUUGUUAUCCCAUCGGCUUGUUAUCUGAAGCUCUCUGAAGAAAGAUGGAUACACCCAGAUAAGAUUCUGGCCAGCGUGAUGCUCCUUAAUGGUGUGAUUGUGAUGGUAGUUGGAUUUGUCAUGGCGGUUCUGCAUCCCCAAGAUUGCAGCCAUGGGCAAGAAAUGGCCUAUUGCUUUUCCACAAAUGUCUCUUUUUUCAAUAUCUCAUCUUUUCUUGAACCAAUAACACAACCUCCUGUUUUGAAUAUUAGUACUUUCUAGUGAUUUAGUAGCUAAUAAAAAUAUUAUAAUACUAUAUUUUUAUGUGACCUCUAAGUUUUGAGCUGUGUAAUUGUAUUCCUGUCUGUUCCUCUUACUCUUGGUUCAGGAGAUACCCUUGAUACCAUGGCCUUUAUUCAUAUUUCAUUUUCUUUUCUAUUGUGAGGCCACGCCUGUGAUUUUAAGAAGGAAGCAAAUUUGGUUGGAGUUUUAUUUUGCAAUAGGACACACAUCUUCAAAUGAUUGUUAAAGACAGAGUGAGAAGUGUAGUCUUUAAAAUCUACUAGCUCCUCCCAGAUUAUAAUAUUCUAAUAAGUAUCAGAAUAUUAAAAUAAAUAUUAGAACAUUGUAAAAUUUUCAAGAUCAAGUCCUUAAAAGGAAAGAAAGGGGGAAAAAGAAAAAGGAAGUAAGAGAAAAAAGCAAAGGCCAACAAAGAUAUCUACAUUGAAAUUAGGUAAAAUGGAAAUACCCAGUGAUAAACCUCUUUUUGAGUAAAGUGAUAAAAUAAGCUACCUGUUGUAUUUUGUAUUUUGUAUUUUUCUAGAGCAUGAGUAUUUUUUUUGCCAAACCCUCCCUUCUUCCCAACUUCCUUAUUACUGUCAAGGUUGCUAUUAUCCUCCUAGUCACCCAAAUUUGAAACCUGGGGGUUGCCCUCCUUGAUUCCUCACUUUUACCCCCUACCUAAUCUAUUACCAAGUACUGUCAGCUUUACCUUUGUAACACCUCUUGCCUCUUCUCUCCUCUGACACUGACACUCUUCCGGUACAGGCUCUCAUCACCUCAUGCCUGGAUUACUGCAACAGCCUUCUGGUUUGUUUGCCCUGCCUCAAAUCUCUUUCCACUAUAGUCCACCCUCCACUCAGCUAUUAAGGUGGCCUUCCCAAAGUUCAGG